AUGAGUGGAAGCCAGGAUGAACCUCCUCAUGAGCUUGAGAACCAGUUUAUACUGCGUCUGCCUGUGGAACAUGCUUCCAUUGUCAGAAAGAUGGUGCACUCUGGAACUUCUUCCAUGAAGAAUAAACUAAAAAUUGACUUAUUUUCUGACGCACGUCGUGCAGUUGUUGAGGUAGACAAUGUCUCACUAGCUGCUAAGCUGGUUGAUUUGCCUUGUGUUAUCGGAAGCCUAAAAACUCUGGAUAAAAAAAGUUUUUAUAAAACGGCAGAUAUUUCCCAGAUGCUUGUGUGCACUGCUGAUGCUGAGGUUCCCUCUUCUCCUGAAGAACCAAUAACCUCUACUGAUCCUAAAGCAAUCAGGAAAGCUGAAAAGCGGAGAAAGAAAAAAUAUACCUGGAAGCAUGGCAUUACUCCACCACUUCAGAAUGUCAGAAAGAGAAGGUUCCGCAAAACAACAAAAAAGGUUACUGAUAUCAAACAAAUUGAAGAAAUAGAGCUUCCUGAGCACAUUGAAUCUCCUGAUGUGGAAAAGGAAGUGAAAAGACUGCUGUGUUCAGAUGCUGAAGCUAUCAAUGCCCGGUGGGAGGUCAUUGCUGAAGAUGAAACCAAGGAAAUAGAAAGUCAAGGCUCCAUUCCUAGCUAUGCAGUAGCCUCAGGAAUGAGCGACUAUAAGCAGGGUCCUAUCUUACCAGAAUAUUACAUGCUUCAGGAGAUGCGCAAUGAUUCUAGCAAUAACACUGAGGAGGAUGAUAAAGAGGAGGAGGAGGAGGAGGAGGACGACUAUUAUGAAGAGGAGGAAGAUUAUUAUGACGAGGACAUAGAAAGGGAGCUACAGGCUGGGUUCACUGAAUAUGGCCAGUGUGAGGCAAAGGAGGGAACCAGCUCAAUGGUCAUGGACAUUCAGAAGUACACUCAAUACACAGAGAAAAAGCUCCAUGAGAUUCAGCGCAAGGCACAAAGACAGAAGGAGCUCAUCAGCAAAGUGGAAAACCUGACACUCAAGAAUCAUUUACAGUCUGUGCUGGAGCAGCUUAAGUUACAGGAAGAAGAAAAAACUGAGCAGCUCAGUUAUCUACAGGAAAAACUGAACUAUUUCCUGAAGAAGUGA